UCUUGCAGGUCUCGAAGCUCUCGACUGCAAAAGCUUCGAGACGACAUCGAGAGAGAGAGAGAGAGAGUAGUCGUGAUUACAGCGAAGAGUUCAGAGGAGGGAGUGUGCGCAGAGCCCUACUACUACUACUACUCGAGCUUGUAGGACAGGAGUUCGGUUGGAGCUAGGCGGUGGAGAGAAUCACGAUGCCGAAGAGGACCACGCACACUUACUCCAGCGAGGAUGCGGCCCCCGAUGGCCCCGAGUCGGAGCUCUUUGUUUACUACUGCAAACAUUGUGGUGCACAUGUACUCAUUACCGAUACACAGCUGCAGAAAAUGCCUAAGAGGAAAACGGACAAAGCCUAUGUGUUAGAUAAGAAAAAACAUUUGGCAAGACUCAACGUUACCGAAGCAGGCAAACAGCUGCUGAAAAGGGGUGAGGGGAAGGUGGAGAAACAAUUUCGUAUGAAAUGCGCCGGAUGCGGUUUGUUUGUCUGUUAUCGUUCCGAGGAAGAUUUAGAUUUAUCGACUUACCUUUAUGUGGCUGAUGGGGCUCUGAGUUCAGUUGCCGCUGAAACCAACCCACAGGACGCACCUGUUCCACCAUGCAUUUCGCAGAUAGAUGGCGGUCUUGUCCAAGUUGCCAUCGAGGUCGAAGACAGAGCACAACGGUCCGCCAUCACAAGAGUAAAUGCCGAUGAUGUUCGCGUCACAGUUGCUGCACCAGCAGCUAGAGGGGAAGCAAAUAACGAACUCCUGGAAUACAUGGGCAAGGUGUUGGGCCUAAGAUUGACGCAAAUGACUUUACAAAGAGGUUGGAACAACAAGUCGAAGCUGCUAGUGGUGGAAGACUUGACUGUGAGGGAGGUAUACGAGAAGUUGCUUGCCGCUGUGCAGCCUUGAACAUUCUUAACAUUGUUGUUGAGAAGUACUUGUACGUACACAAUCGGGCAUACUUAGCUUGCUCUAUCUCAUGUCAUUUGUAUGUCAUUCCACUCUUGUGGCUGUUUAUCAAGUCACAUGGAGACCAAUGGUUCAACUGUACUAUAAGUUUUGCCUCAAUGACGAAAAUCACAAAUUUAAAGCAUCGGGA